AUGGUCUCUAUCAAGUCUCUCGCCGUUGCCGCCCUGGCCGCUGCCCCCACCGCCAUGGGCUACAUCACCAACCUGACGGCCCCCGCCGAGGCCGCCGCCGGAAGCAACAUCACGGCGACUCUGCAGACUGCCAUCUACUCCCAGAACUGGGUCGAUUUUGGUAUUAUCUGGGGUCUUGCGAAGCCAGAGUACGCCUACGGCGAUGCCGUCGGAACUCAGGUUGGUUACACAACUUUGACCGGACGUGAGGGUCUCGAAUACCCUUACACGUUCACAGCGGGUGUCUCCAUUCCCGAGACUUUCACCGGCGACUACGUCCUGCGUGCUGCUAUUCCCUACCUAGUCGGAGCAUCUGGAGAGGUUGGCUUCACCGUCUUGAGCUCCAACAUCACAAUCUCGUAG